GAGUCAUAAUCAAAGCAGUCAAUUUCGUGGACGUUGUAUUAAUUUGCAAAUUUUACACUUUAGCGACAGUCGCAAUAUUAAUUAAAAAGAAAAUCCAUUGACAACAAAGCUAUCAAAAUGACACUCACAAAUCGGAUGGAUUUGGAGUUGGUCUACAAUGUUGGCGUGGGCUUCCGUUCAUAUUUUAGUCAAAAAAUCGAAGAGUUGCAAUUAAUUGUGGCCGAAAAAAGCCAAAAUCUACGCCGAUUACAGGCACAGCGUAAUGAGCUCAAUGCUAAAGUCCGUAUGCUACGCGAGGAGUUGCAACUGUUACAGGAACAAGGCAGCUAUGUCGGUGAGGUUGUAAAGCCCAUGGAUAAGAAGAAGGUGCUUGUCAAGGUCCAUCCCGAAGGCAAAUUUGUUGUUGAUUUGGACAAGAACAUUGAUAUUAACGAUGUAACACCAAAUUGUCGCGUUGCACUGCGAAACGAAAGCUACACGCUGCACAAAAUAUUGCCAAACAAAGUGGAUCCGUUGGUAUCGCUAAUGAUGGUCGAAAAGGUACCCGAUUCAACGUACGAAAUGGUGGGUGGCUUGGACAAACAGAUCAAGGAAAUUAAAGAGGUAAUCGAGUUGCCCGUCAAGCAUCCCGAACUAUUCGACGCCUUGGGUAUUGCCCAACCAAAGGGUGUUCUACUCUAUGGACCACCCGGCACUGGAAAAACGCUGCUUGCUCGUGCAGUAGCCCAUCACACGGAAUGCACAUUUAUACGUGUCUCUGGCUCUGAGCUUGUUCAAAAGUUUAUUGGCGAGGGUUCGCGCAUGGUGCGCGAACUUUUCGUAAUGGCGCGCGAGCAUGCUCCAUCAAUUAUAUUUAUGGAUGAAAUUGAUUCGAUUGGCUCGUCGCGUAUUGAAUCAGGCUCUGGCGGUGACUCUGAGGUACAGCGCACCAUGUUGGAGCUACUCAAUCAGCUGGAUGGUUUCGAGGCCACCAAGAACAUCAAAGUCAUCAUGGCAACCAAUCGUAUUGAUAUUCUCGAUCCAGCAUUGCUUCGUCCCGGUCGCAUUGAUCGCAAAAUUGAAUUCCCGCCACCAAAUGAGGAAGCACGUUUGGACAUUCUAAAGAUUCAUUCGCGCAAAAUGAACUUAACGCGCGGCAUUAAUCUGCGCAAGAUUGCUGAACUGAUGCCUGGUGCAUCAGGUGCUGAGGUCAAAGGUGUCUGCACCGAGGCUGGCAUGUAUGCGCUGCGCGAGCGUCGGGUCCAUGUCACCCAGGAAGAUUUCGAAAUGGCCGUUGCCAAGGUAAUGCAAAAGGACUCGGAGAAGAACAUGUCCAUCAAAAAGCUGUGGAAGUAAACCUUAAUUAGAUACAAAUACACGCAUAAAUUUCAUUGAACAACUACGAUUCUAAUUUAAUUUUUCUCAAU